UCCCAGAGGGACACAGCGGAUCACCGAUCCACGGAAAGAGCCGAAGAUGUCAGCUCGGUCAUGUGAUCAGCUGUGUCCAAUCACAGCUGAUCACAUCAGCGCCACCUGUCAGUGUCCAUCAGUGCCAGCUCUCAGUGCUCAUCCAUGCCACCUGCCAGUGCCCAUCAGUGCCACAUCAAUGCCACAUAUCAGUGCCUACCAGUGCACAUCAAUGCCACAUAUCAGUGCCCAUCUGAGCUGUCUUUCAGUGUCACCCAUCAGUGCCAGUCAGUGCCACUUAUCAAUGAAAAUCAGUGCCACCUAUCAGUGCUGCCAAUCAGUGCCUACCUAUCAGUGCGCAUCAGUGCCGCCUAUCAGUGCCCGUCAGUGCCGCCUAUCAGUGCCUGUCAGUGCCAACCUAACAGUG